AUGAUCAGUGAUAAUGGUAUCGUCAUACCUAAAACGGAAGCACAAUGGGAUGACAAUGAUUACAAAAAGUUGGGUUACAAUUGGAAAGCACAAAAUAUUCUCAUAUCCGCUCUCGGUGUUGAUGAAUUUUAUCGUGUUUCCCUUUGUGAAACCGCUAAAGCUAUCUGGGACGCAUUACAAGUUAUCCAUGAGGGAACUAAUGAGGUCAAACAAGCUAGAACUAACACAUUGGAUAAAGAGUUUGAGCUAUUUCACAUGAAGCAUGGUGAAACCAUUGCCGAUAUGCAAAAGAGGUUCACUCAUCUCAUUAACCGUUUAAAUGCACCUGGUAAUCCAAUUUCCAAUGCAACUGCUACUUACAAUAUUUUGAGGUGUCUUACUAGGGAUUGA